CAGAGAGGAUCUUGACCCAAAUUAUACAGUUUAUUGGUUAUAAAACGAAGCAUCCUUCCAAUAAAGGCGUAUGGUUUAGCUCUUUAAAUAUUGUCGGGGAAGGCUGGCCGUGGUGGAGCUGAUUUAUCCUCUGUGUUGUGUCCCACGGUCACGUGCCCGCGCGUCCUAUCCCGUCCAUGGCGAGCUGCAUUCUCCUGCCCGGCUCCUGCACAGGAGGCUACAAUGAGGCCGUUUUUUUAAAACAUUUAAGGGAUUGAAACGUUGUGGUGUUGUCAUGUCGACAUUGGGUACGAGCUAUUAUUUGGACUCACGGAUCCACCCCGAGCAGGAGGAGAUGCCCCCCAUGUAUUCGUCUGUAGUCGGGGUGGAACAGGGGGGACAGACGAUGCUCGGUGAAUAUGGCGAACAAGAAACCUUUCCUUUCCAGGCGAAAUCUUCUAUUUUUGGCGGAUCUUGGAAUCCUAUCUCGAGCCACCCUUCAACCACGACCAACCCGACAUACAUGCAUCAUCAUUACACAAUGGGUGAAUCCGAUGGCAUGUUUGCGCGCACUUGGGCGUUGGAUCCUGUUUCUGCUUCCAUGUGUUUAAAUGGUUUACCAUCAACGACCAUGCAUUAUGAUAUCAAAUCCGAGCCUUUAUUCGGCGGUGGCCACAGCACAACUUUGGAGAGCCGUACACCUCGUGUGUCGAGCAGUGGGAAGGCGCCGUCCAUCCCGGAGAUGGCCGGUGAUCCUCCUCCUCUGAAGCCCGUCGAGGAGAGCACGUCAGCAGAAGAAAGAAAGAGAGUCACAGACGCAAACGACCCCUCAUCCAAUUGGCUUCACGCCAAAUCCACCAGGAAAAAACGGUGUCCAUAUACCAAACAUCAGAUUCUGGAAUUGGAAAAGGAAUUUCUGUUUAACAUGUACCUCCCACGGGAUCGUAGAUAUGAAGUUGCAAGACAGUUGAAUUUGACCGAGAGACAGGUCAAAAUCUGGUUUCAGAACCGCAGGAUGAAAAUGAAGAAAGGCAGCAAAGACCAGCGGAGAGACAAUUAAAUAUGAUUAUUAAUAUGAUGAUCAUCUGGAGUUGGGAUUACAAAAGAGUAACAUUACUAUUUAAUUUCCUUGAAAUUGUAUGUGUUGUUGAAACGUCUGUGUUGUUAUAAAAUAGGCCUACCUAAAUAGUUUAUAUGAUGUUGAAUGUUUGAUAUUAUUAGAGGUUAUUGUAUCUCUAGAUGUAGAUGUUGAAACUAACUGGUCCAUUUGAAUAAUUAUUUCCUGCAUGAAAUUUAGCUUAAAGCGUACGUUCAAUUGUUUGUGAUGUUAUUGCAUUGAAUAGGCCUAUAUGAAUGUAUUUUAACUAAGUACGAAUUUAUUAUUGCAUUUCAAAUUCUUACUUUUUUUAUUUCAAGUUAAUUUGCAUUUGUACACAUUUAACAACACUAUGCACACUGAAAAUACCUCGCCGUAAAGUCUUACCAAUAAAUAACCUACUGUUUAUAUGACUCCCAAUAUUUGUACAAACUAUUUCUUAUAGGCUAAUGAUAUUUUGUAUGUCUCUUAGAGAAAACACCACAUUUAGGAUCAUGACAUUAGGAUAUAACUUGACCGAACAAAACAUAGGCCUAUGCAAAAUAAUCUUACAAUAUGAUCUAUGAAAACACAAAAGUAGGCGUAAAUAGAGUGUGUAUAUAGGCCUGUAGCAUAGUAUAGCAUAGUAUAGCCUAUAAUUAAUCAAACAAGUAAGUAAACAUGAGUUGCAAUAAUGUGGACAUCAAACACCAUUGGUUGGUUUAAUAUGUGACCUUGGGCUGCGUCAAUAAUGACUAUUUUUGUGAAACAUUAUUAGGGAUUUGAUAUCCUCAACGGCAAUAUUGCACAUAAUCGUUUCCGCUAGUGCUCAAUAAAACAGAAUCCAUUUUUUAAGUACUGCUGGAAACACAGGGGAGUUCAGGGUGUGAAUGUCCACGCUCUUCCUACUGGCUGUUUGCAUGGCUCUUUUGAAUUAUAAACACAACAAUCUGCUGCCGGACAGCCCGUUUAAGGCCGCGGCUAGAUUGGAUUCUAUAAUGCCUUAUAAGGUGUGACGACGGUAAUGGAUAGAGUAGUUUUGUUGUUUCAGUAUCAUAGGGGAACAAGCUUAAUAGAGAGAAUCUAUUUUUUUGUUUGUUUUGUUUUGUUUAAUUAAUUUAUUUUAUUUCUGAAUAGAAUUCAGGAAUGUGUUAAAGGUGCCAUGACAUACUAGUUUAGGGAUGCUUUAAUAGCCUAUAGGUAUUAGUUGGCCAUUUACACAGUAUUCAAAGACGUUCCCGAAAUUCAGCAG